GUUGUCGCCCGGGUAACCAGCAACAUCUCCGGCUUCCCAGGGCUGCUGCAGCAGCAAAAGCGUAAAUAUGUCAGAGAUCAUGAAGGAUAAAGCCACCCGCUUGGCCAAGAACAGAGGCAGCAUAUCUUCUAUGGGGAGCCAUGAGAUCAGAGCAAAGGAUUUCUUUGGAAGAAACAAAGACUCUGUAAGUACGGUGUCAUAUAUGGAUGAACCUGGCCACCAUGAGGAUAGUCUGCGCCCAGCUAUUCAGAUGGAGAACACAUACCAAUUAGGUCCUACAAAGUAUUUCCCAAUCACUGCUGUGAAUAAUAUCUUGAAGGAUGUGGUAGUAAGUUAUCUACAGGAAGAACAAUAUGAAGCAGAGUUGUGCAGGCAAAUGACUAAAACUAUAUCUGAGGUAAUAAAAGCCCGGAUAAAAGACCUGAUGGUACCAAGAUACAAAAUUAUUGUGAUUAUAUAUAUUGGACAGCUAGGUAAACAGAGCAUGCAGAUUGGAAGCAGGUGCCUUUGGGACAGUACAAGUGAUACUUUUUCUUCAUACUCCUUUAAAAAUAGAUCAUUGUUUGCUCUUGCAAAUGUCUAUGCUCUUUACUCUGAAUGAUGAUGCAAAAAAUGUGAGCUGAAAAACAAACUAGAUCUUAUUUUUGAAUUACACUUCUAUCCACCUUUACAUAAUGAUAAGUUGCAUUAAUAAACCAAUGUGCAUGGUUGUUAUGUUUGCUAAGUAAUCUAUUAAUUAUGGAAGAAAAAGUCAAUUACUUUUUGAGACACCACUAUUGUAAUUGCAACUAAUGACACAGAACUAUUUGGUCCUGAAUACAUUGGUGCUUAAAAAUUUGUGAACCCUUUUGACUUUUCAGUGGUUCUGCAUUAAUGUAGUUUGAUAUCAUUUUCCUCAAUAAAUAAAUGUACAAGUAUAAUGUUUUGACUCAUUAGUUUAAUUAGGUUCUCUUUAGUGUGGAGAACAGGUCCUAUUUUAGGUAAUAUUUGUGAAGAAAUAUUGAAAAUUCAAAAGGACUCGCAAACUUUUAAGCACUGCUGCAGGUUUCCAGGAAAAGAUUCAGUAUCCCUGAUAUAAUACCUGUGAUAGAAUAAUAGAUAUGAAUAUGAAAUGCAAUUACCUAUGUUUACAUUCUUGAAUAAUAAUUGGUAUAUAACUGUAAUAAGCAGAUUUGCUUAUACUUAUACAGGUAAUUAGUUGGAAAGGUAAGCUAAUCCAUUUAAAAUGUAAUUUGGCUUUUCAGAGAAAUUGGUAUGAGUUAAUAGAAAAACAUGGGAAACUAUACGGUACUGUACACAUUAGAUAAUAGCAGUAGUAAUUAAAGUGUUCUUUUUAUUUUUAUAAAAUAAUUAGAUAAGAACAUAACUGGUUAAGGACCAGUCCACUUCCUAAGAGGUUGCCUAUUGAGCAGCUAAAAUUAAAUAAUAUAAAUAUAAAAAUAUAAAUAAAUCACUUGUUAAAUGUAUUGAUAAACUGAAUAACGUUUUAAGAAAAGAA